ACAAACUCCAGCACAGGCACAAAGAUACUUCUGCAACUCCUGCAAAUUAAAUUCCUGCAAUAAUUCAACAUCCUCUGUCGUCUGCAGACUGCAGCUUCAUCAUGCUCAUUUGCCUCUCUGCUGUCACACUCUUCCUCUCCCUCGUCGCAGCCGGAGAACAACCAACGGCGGGGGCGCAGCUGAACUGCUCACCCGUAACCCACUUCCAGCAAUACCUUCGAAUCAACACCGCCCACCCCAACCCUGACUACGCUUCCGCUGUCAGUUUCCUCACCGAUUUUGCAAACUCCAUCCCCGGCAUCCGGUCGAAGCUUUUAUAUUUCACUUCUCCGCCAAACAAGCCCUUACUUCUACUCACUUGGCUCGGUUCCAACCCUUCGCUCCCCUCCGUUCUCUUCAAUUCCCAUCUCGAUUCCGUCCCCGCCGAGCCCACCAAGUGGUCCCACCCACCCUUCUCUGCCCACCGCUCCUCCGACGGAAAAAUCUUCGCUCGAGGAGCCCAAGACGACAAGUGCAUCGGCAUCCAGUACUUGGAGGCUAUCAAGGCCAUCCAAAGCAGCUCCCCCGGAUUCACCCCUCUUCGAAAUGUCCACAUCUCCUUCGUGCCCGACGAGGAAAUUGGUGGGUUCGAUGGCAUGGCGAAGUUCGUGGAGUCCCAAGAGUUCAAGGACUUGAAUGUGGGUUUCGUGUUAGAUGAAGGCCAGGCCUCUCCCACUGAUGAGUUCAGGGUGUUUUACGCCGACAGGGUCCCUUGGCAUAUGACAAUUAAGGCUGUGGGGAUGCCCGGACACGGAUCGAGGCUGUACGAUAAUUCUGGCAUGGAGAACUUGAUGAAGUCUGUGGAGAUAAUCUCUAAAUUCCGGGAUGCACAGUUCGAUAAAGUCAAGGCCGGCCUGGCAGCCAAUUCGGAGGUUAUUUCGGUUAACCCUGUAUACUUAAAGGCUGGGACUCCAUCCCCAACAGGAUUCGUGAUGAAUAUGCAACCUUCAGAGGCUGAGGCUGGAUUUGAUAUUAGGAUGCCACCAACAGCUGACCCAGAGUUAAUGAGGAAAACUAUUGCGGAGGAAUGGGCUCCGGCUUGGAGGAACAUGACAUAUGAGAUUAUAGAGAAGGGAAACUCAAGAGACUUUAUGGGACGCCCUCUGGUAACACCCACUUCAGAUUCCAACCCUUGGUGGUGUGUUUUUAAGGAAGCCAUUACAAAGGUUGGUGGCAAAAUUGCAAAGCCUGAAAUUUUGUCUUCAACUACUGAUGCUCGUUUCAUGAGGGAAAGAGGAAUUCCAACUUUGGGCUUUUCCCCCAUGAAGAAUACACCAAUUUUACUUCAUGACCAUAAUGAGUUCCUCAAGGACACUGUUUUCUUGGAGGGGAUCAAGGUGUAUGAAUCAAUAAUCAAAGCAUUGAGCUCUUUUGAGGAAUAUUCUUCAUGUAAUCAAAUACUUAUACAGAGCACCUGUCAGGGUUAAAAUUGGGAAACCAAGAAAUGUUAGUGAAGGCUAACUUAGAGGCGCUAGCAAAGAAGAGCAGAAAUGUAUACUAUAUACUGCUGCCUGCCUGCUAUAAAGAUUGUGAAGAAUUUAGAUUUUGAUAUUGUAAGUAAUAAGUUGGUGCCUUUAUUAUUUAUUUAGCCACACCAGGAUAUGCAAAAUGUAUCAAUCAAUUUGUAAUACAGAUGGUGAGAUGUGAAAUGGCCUCCAGUCCGUCCUACUGGAUCCUUCCCAUUUCGGAGUAAAUUUAAUGCACAAAAAA